UACGGCAUGUUACUUUGAAAACAAACACUCCCAUACCCUUGAUCUGCGUACCGCCAAUUCUACUGCAAUGUUAUCAAGUCUCGCAUCUACUCGCAACGGCAACCGGUUCAGCGUCUACAAGCAUCUACAAGGCAAUUAGUCGUUAUUAGCCUUCGAACCAAACGAGAUGAAUGCUGGUGCGCUUAAGUCAAUCAUCAUCCUCCUGUUGGGAUGUUUAGCACAAGCUGCAGUGGAACAUCACACAUGCAUUCCAACGAGCUACACCAGCAUCUGCAUCCUGGAGUACGUGUACUACAGUCGAAACGACACGACAACCCACGUCUUUCCCAAAGGCCAUUCACACGUUCGUAUUGGCAGUGAACGGUGGUUCCACAGUAUCAAUUCCAUUGUACGGGAAUUUGAUACCAAACUGUACAAUGAACUUGAUCGACCGCAAGCCCUCGAAGUGGUCAACUCGGGAAUGACGUCGUUAGAAAUACCACGAGCACUGGAAUAUGCGAACUUCGCGGACAACAGUCUCAAAGAGUUUUCAAUCGAAAGCGGUGCUGGAGAAACAUUUCUCACCUUUUUGGACCUCUCCAGUAACGCGUUGAGCAACCUGACUAACAUCAGCAGCCUAGUUAAUCUGGAAUCUCUCUACUUGUCUAAUAACGAAAUCCAAACUCUCGAACCAGAUGUCUUCAAACAACUCACCCAGUUAAAAGUGCUGGAACUCAACCAGAAUAAAAUCACAUCUGUGCCGGAAAACGCACUUCCCCGCAGUUUGAGCUCUCUCGGGCUGUUCAGAAACCAAAUCCGCGAGCUGAAAUAUAACCACAUCUCACUGCCAUCGCUGGAAGUGUUCAACAUAGAGAGUAACCAUUUGGAAACAUUUGACGCUGCAGCGUUACUGCUGGCAAUGCCGAAGCUAAGAAUUGUCCGUUUUGGUGGAAACAAAUUCGAUCACGGUGUCCUGAGGACAGCCAUCGUUACGCUGCAGCGAUACAACAUUAGCUAUAGGAACGAUUUCGACGAUUCGUCAUGCUACUACGACAGGGAACUCGUCGAUGGGGUUUGCAUGCGGGACCAGUACUGGGAGAAUGGUUGGGCCAAGGCAACCGGAUUGAGCAUCCUGGCCAUACUGGUUGCCGUCUUGUUCGUGUUAGUUAGCCGGUGGAUUUUCAUUGCGAUGAAUCGAUAGGUAGGAGGGGUGAGGGCGAGGGUGAGUUGUUUAAUGCGGUGAAGCGUAAAGAGAUAGGGUUCAAGUUAGCUGUAUAGUUUACAUAACAUGGCAUUCAAUGUCAACAAUUGUGCUUUACUAAUCUGUUAAGUUUCCGGUAGUCAGCAUAUAGUCUAGUGAAAGUCUGAGGAAAUAAAAUGAGUUGCGGUUAACCAACGCGGACAUAAUUUUUCAAUGUGAUGUGAUAAAUAGAAAUCCUAACAUGAUCCAGUGAUAUCCGGGAAGUGCCGUGUACGCACCAAGAGGCGCAGUGAAGUAAUUUCCUCUAUUAAUUAAGUUUGUUUCAAUACAAAAAAUAGAAAAAACACAUUACCCUUCCUUAAAAUUUAUUUCCAUGACAGGGUUUUGACCACUUUAUUCAUAGAAAUUGUUAAUAGGAAAAAAUAGGCUAUAAAAAUACAUAAUUUAAAAGCUGAUUCUAA